AUGCGUCAUACUCGCGCUACUCUUGGACACGAGGAGCACGAGCAUAAGCACAAGCGCAAGCGGGAGCGUGACAGCGACAACGACAGCCACGUGUCGGAAAGCUCAUCCGAGAUCCAUCAACGUCCCACCACCGACAUGACAGGCGCUGACAGGCGUGUCAUCAUCGUUGGUUGCAUAGAUUGGUCGUCGCUUGACAGCGAUGCCGUCGAUGGCAGUACGACGGACUUCGUGUCUAGGGACGGACCAUCGUCGCUUCAGCCGUCGCUUCUGCCGCAGGAGCAAGAGAAACCAGGCCAAGACAAGGACUUUGAAGCCGAGUUUGCCGAAAUCGGCGAAAGAUACAGAGAUGCGACUGACCGGUGGCAGACGGCGCACAGCCAGAUAAUUGAUAUCGAGGAGGAACUCUCGGAAAUCGACCGGUUGGCAGAGGCACUGCGUGCAGCGUGGUCUGAGGCGUCAUCGCGUGGGACGCCGAUUGGCGGCGGCGGCGGCAGCAGCACAGUUGAACGUGGACUUGGUGAUGGUGGUCGUCGUCGUCUUCGUCGUCGUCGCAACAUUCCCAUCGACCCAGAGAUCCUUCAAGGCGCAGACAAAGCAUAG